AUGACCGCCUAUGCGCGUGUGGGUGCCUGCACAGGAUCCAACAAGGGGAUCGGACUGGCCAUCAUCCGUCAACUCGCCCUCCAGUAUCCACGUUCUCCACUAAACAGCGGCCCUUUACUCCUGUAUCUAACUGCACGAAACGAAGAAAGAGGGCAGGCUGCGCUUGAGUCCAUCAAGGCGGACCCCCAGCUCAAGAGUGCAAAAGCUCUGAGGAAUGAUGGAGGUCUCACCGACGUGAAAUUCCUACCCUUGGACAUCGACAGCGAGCGGAGCAUUGAGGAGUUUGCAGGGAAAAUCACACAAGAGCAUCCGGAUGGCAUAGAUUUCUUGAUCAACAAUGCCGGAAUUGCGAUGGAUGGGUUCAACGAAAACGUGGUCAGGAAGACUCUGCAUUGCAAUUAUUACGGUACAUUGGAGGCCACGCAGAAACUGCUGCCACACAUCAAGGAUGGCGGGAGACUGGUCAAUGUGGCCAGCAUGGCGGGCCAACUGGGCUCCAAGUACUCGAGUUCCAUCCGAGCUCGGUUCUUGAACGCAAAGACACCAGAAGAGAUCACCCAACUCAUGGAAGAGUUUUCUGCAGCGGUGACCAAUGGGACAUACCAAAAGAACUGGCCGGGGGCUGCGUAUGCGGUUUCCAAAGCUGGUGUGAUUGGGAUGACGAGGACCAUCGCCAGGCAGAAUGCCGAGAAGGGGAGCACAGUUCUGAUCAACAGCUGCUGCCCGGGCUGGGUCAACACGGACAUGAGCAAAGGCCGAGGCGUGAAGACGCCCGACCAAGGAGCACAGACACCUGUGUUGCUGGCCAUUGGCGACAUUGGGGGUUCCAAUGGGCAGUUCUGGCAGGAAGAGAGGGUCAGCAGCUGGGAGUGA